GGAGGCGGGAGGCGGGAGGCGGGAGGCGCCGGGGCCGUUUAAGCGGCCUCCCUCCCGCCCCCAGCCGCCCGGUCUGGCCCCGGCCCUGCCCCGACCCCCGGCCCGGCCCACGCCGCCCUGCCCCGCCAAGCGGUCCGCGGGGCACGCGGGCGGCCUCCGGAGCAGCCCAGGCCGAUGCGGGCCGCGCGCCCUGCCGCCGGCGCCGACCAGACGGAGCUCCGGGGCCGCGAGAAGGAGCGGAGGAUCAAUGCGGUUCAAGAACCGAUUCCAGCGGCGAUCGCGUUGCUCAGCCCACUUCAUCCUGCCCGACCCCCAUCCCGCCAGGGCUCGCGCCCUUCUCUGCCGACCGGAACCCCAGCCGCAGACGCCGACCCCGGGCCCUCCGCCCUGGCUCUGGCCUCCACCCCUCGUUCCCUGCUUUGGGGGCGCGCGGAACAGGGGCCCGGCAGCUGCUGCGCCCCGCGGCGAGAUCUGUCAACCCGGGUGCUGGGUGCUGGGUGUUCUGGUGCUUUGUCUGCGAUCGGCCCUAGCCACGGGGAAACUGAGGCAUGCUCCCGUGCUGCAGCCUUGCGGGCCGGGGCCGGGCCUUGCCAGUGCUGUUCGCUUGCAGGGUUAGCGUCCAAGGGCGGUGCAGUGUCGGGCACCGCGAAGGGGCAGGUUAGCCUUCGGGUGGCGAGAGCUGCUGUGGAGGCGCCCGUGUUAGGAAACGAGGAGGAGGAACCGAGGAGGCGCCACCGGAAGCCGUGGCCCCAUUCCCAGACCUUCGCUAGUGUGCAGUGAUGGGGAAUUUGAAAGAAGCCAAGAAACGCAGGAAAAAUCUUCCAAGGAGGACAAAAUUGGAAAGCCGUUUCUCAAAGUCCAAAGAUCUUGGACAUAAAGCCUGCAAAUACAAAUUAACAAAAAAAGUACUGAUUUUUAUGGUGUACAACAUUAAAAUGCUGGGAGUACUAUUCAUCAUCUCUUAGAGCCAUGUUCCUUAUAUAUCUUUUGAGCAUCCAGAAAAGUUAUAGGUUCAUGAACCACCGGGCCCCAGCCAAUGGCCGCUACAAACCAACCUGUUACGAACAUGCUGCUAACUGUUACACACAUGCAUUCCUCAUUGUUCCAGCCAUCGUGGGCAGUGCCCUCUUGCAUCGGCUGUCAGACGACUGCUGGGAAAAGAUCACCGCAUGGAUUUACGGGAUGGGCCUCUGCGCCCUCUUCAUCGUUUCCACAGUAUUUCACAUUGUGUCGUGGAAGAAGAGCCACUUAAGGACAGUGGAGCAUUGUUUUCACAUGUGUGAUAGAAUGGUUAUUUAUUUCUUCAUUGCUGCUUCUUAUGCUCCAUGGUUAAAUCUCCGCGAACUUGGACCCCUGGCAUCUCAUAUGCGCUGGUUUAUCUGGCUCAUGGCAGCUGGAGGAACCAUUUAUGUAUUUCUCUACCAUGAAAAGUAUAAGGUGGUUGAACUCUUUUUCUAUCUCACAAUGGGAUUUUCUCCAGCUUUGGUGGUGACGUCAAUGAAUAACACUGAUGGACUUCAUGAACUUGCCUGUGGGGGCAUAAUUUAUUGCCUGGGAGUUGUGUUCUUCAAGAGUGAUGGCAUCAUUCCAUUUGCCCAUGCCAUCUGGCACCUGUUUGUGGCCACGGCAGCUGCGGUGCAUUACUAUGCCAUUUGGAAAUACCUUUAUCGAAGUCCUACAGACUUUAUGCGACAUUUAUGACCAAUCUGUACUAGGUCUUAAAACCAGUAUUAUUUCAAUUAUGGCACUUGGGAGUAGGGUAAGCGCUGAAAAUUGCACAGAGGAAAAAAAAAAAGACAACUGCACUGACUUUCUAUCUUUUGAAUAUAAUUACUGUGAAAGUCUAAAAGCUGUGUUCUAGAAUUUUCCGCCUCACAGCAGAUAAAUAAGGUAGUGAAUUAAUUAUUCAUUCCAUUCCACUAUCAUGAAGGACUCCGGAUAGACUUGGCCAGCCGAUGUUUACAAACAGAAUUUUGUAUUUUAAUUUUACAGAUUUUCCUACAUGAUUUUUCUAAAUUACUAGGUCAGGUUGUAAAAGUCAGUGCAAUAACAAAGAUUCCUUUUUAAGAGAAAAUUGUUUCUAUCACUUUCCCAUAAGCUGUGUGAAGAAUCAUGGACAGAACUUACACUACUUUUACCAUGUUUCAUCUUGGCAUAACAUGGUUAUUUUUUAAAUAGAAAUUUUCAUUUUUUGUAAAUUUUUAAAGAAUAUUUCAUUGAAGCGCAUCUGCGGUUCCUCAUUCAUGUGAAUUUUUGCAGCAAGCUGUCAACAUUCCACAAAUGAACAAACAUUAUACCUCUUCUGAUAGUUUUAUUAAGCAUAGGGGGAUUGCCAAUUUUUAAAAACUGCGGUUUUCCAAACUUUUCUGCCAACCUCUGACUCUGAAUUCCAUGCUGCUUUGGGGCAUAUACUUGACCUAGUUUGGUUUACCAGUGAUGGAAAAGUAUUUUGAUAUCAUUAACUUUUUCAAAAGAUCCAACUUUUUCUCUAUGCCUUUGCCAUGUUUUCUUCAGGGUCUCUUUCUACAGUGGAUGAGUAUUCACAACUAUAUUAUGAUGGUAUUAUUAGAGUGGUCAUCCACUGAAGAUUCCUGAAGAGUAUUAUGAAUUACAGUAAAUAGUGGUAUUGCUUGUUUGGUGCCCGUCAGUUAAGUCAUUGUCACUUAGCUUAAUAUUAUCAGUUUGAUACUCAUUUUCAGUUGUGGAAUUAGAUGCACAAAUUCACAUUCCUAUCUUUCUUCUGUAUCUCCUGAUAUACUUUUUUCUUUUCCGUAGAAGAAUAUUUAAAGCAUUGUUUGACAGGUAGAAACUCAUGCAUCUGUAGUUCAUGGGUUAUAUCCUGGCUCAGUCGAGUGGUAUUUAAUAUAUUAUUUUUGGUUUUCCUUCAGUGUCUUAUAUUAAGAUUAACAUUAGUUGCUUUGUUUAUUAAUCUCCUAUUGGUGUUUUAAUAAAUGAGAUAACCUUGCCUUUAGAUCUGUGCUCAUAUUGCCUGUUUGCUAGAAUUGGGUUUGAUCAGUGGAAUAGUUGGUUUAACGACACAUUUAGGCUUAUUCAUUGAAAUGUUGUACUAUAUGGCUUUAAAAGAGGGUUUAUUUUGGGUGUGCAUAUUUAGAAUGCUUUAAGUGAAUUACAUGGGAAUGAAGAACAGAACUGGUAUUUGCUGAUAAAUUCUUACAUAGGCAAGGUGCCCGGUGAUAACACCAACCAGACCACCCCUAUCUGCAUGAUUCUGAACAUCCCGAUGCCUGUUGUUUUGUGUAUAUUUUGUUUUUAAUAUAUUAACUUUUGUGGAUUCAUUUAAAGUCUGCUCAAAAGUAACACUGUUGAAACCACUAAAAUGUAUGUAAAAAAUUGUGCUAUAGACUAGAAUAAAAUUGUUACUUGGA